ACGCCGGCUCCAAGCCUGGGCCCGUCCCGCGCCGCGCCAGCCCGCCCGCCCGCAUCCAUGCAGCUCCGCCAGCAACCGCUGUCCGCGCCCGGGCCCCGGGGCCCGCGCCCCGCGGCCCCGCUGCUCGCGCCGCUGCUGCUGCUGCUGCUGCUCGCCCUCCAGGGGGCGGGGGCGGUGCCGGUGCGGCCGCGCGUGUCGCGGGAGUACGACGACUACUACCCGCGGAUGCCGCCCUGGGCGCUCCCGAGGGGGAUCCUGGAGCAGGCGGCGCACGCGGCGCUGCACUUCCUCAACUUCCGCGUGGGCUCGCCCAGCGCCCUGCGUGAGCUGUCCUUGGUGCAGGCCGGCAGCGCGUGGAUGACCUUGAGGAAGGAAUACCACACUGACCUGGGAUUCACCACAAAGCGCUUUAACCCAAAGGAUGGUAAGGAGGAACCUCUGGGUGAGUGUUUCGCUCAAGUGCUUUUCAAGAAGGAGAAGCCCAGACCGACGGUCAACGUCACCUGUGAACGAUUCCUGGAGAAGAGCCGGCAACAACGGGAGGAUUACCUGCUUUACAAACACCUGAAGCAGCUUAAAGUCCCCCUGGGGGCAGUCAGCAUACCCGACAGUCACGGACACAUCGAUCCCGCUCUGAGACCCGUGUGGGAUCUGGCCUUCCUUGGCGGCUCGUACGUGAUGUGGGAAAAGACAACGCACGUUUUACGAUACAACUUGGCACAGCUCACCGGUGUGCAGCAGUGGAAAACGGAUGAUGACACAAUUGACUUUGAGUAUACUGUUCUGCUCCAUGAAUUUUCAACACAGGAAAUCAUCUCCUGUAGUAUUCACUUGGUCUGGUACCCGGGCAAACCACUCAAGGUGAAGUCCUACUGCCAGGGACAGCAGACGUCAGACGAAGCCUCUGAAGCCGAGGAAGGAUCCGCUGUGGCACCAACAGAGCUUAGUAAUUUCUGAGAAAAAAAAUCUACUUACCCCAAAUUCUAAACGACAUGACUGUAGCCUAAAUCAUUAUUCUAGUAAAACAGCGAAGGUAUAAGGCAUUCCAAUAAUUCGGGGAAGACUAUGAUGCUCAAAAAUGAAAAGAUGUUAAGGUUU